GUGAACAAAUCCAAGAUGCUGUCAGCUGGAGUUGCAGACGUGGUGUUGAAGUUUCUGCAAUCAGAGAUGCCUCCAGUCCAGUUCAAACUCCUGGGGACGUUACGCAUGCUCAUCGACACACAAGCUGAAGCCGCAGACCAGCUGGGAACCAAUGGGAAGCUGGUGGAGCGGCUGGUGGAGUGGUGUGAAGCCAAAGACCACGCGGGGGUGAUGGGGGAGUCCAACAGGCUGCUGUCGGCCCUCAUAAGGCACAGCAAGUCCAAGGAAGUUGUUAAAACUGUCAUCCAGGGAGGAGGAGUCAAGCAUUUAGUCACCAUGGCAACUAGUGAGCAUAUGAUUAUGCAGAAUGAAGCACUGGUGGCUUUGGGGCUCAUAGCAGCACUGGAUUUGGUUGCAGCUGAGAAGGACUUUGUGGUCUCCAGCCUUGUGUCGGUGCUCCACAAGCUGCUGUCAGACGAGAGGAGCGCCCCAGAGAUCAAAUACAACUCCAUGAUCCUCAUCUGUUCCGCCAUGGGAUCAGAGCCUCUCCACAAAGAGGUCCAGAGCCUGGCGUUCAUCGACGUGGUGUCCCGGCUGCGGGCCCACGAGAACAAGACGGUGUCCCACCAGGCGUCACUCACAGAGCAGCGGCUAACAGCCCAGAGCUAAAGGACUGUCCCCCCCCCGACAACCCCCCAAUGCCUGCCUGACCACCUGAUCACCCAAUGACUCCCCAUGACUGCUCCCCCCCUGCCCAUCCUCAUUUGCCAAGGUACGAUGUCUCGUUAACUGCCAGCCAAUCACAGUCAUUCCCUUCCCCCUCCACUAGGGUUAGACUGGUGUCUAUCCGGAUUGCCAAUACUUAAUCAUAAAAUCUUUAUUUUAAAUAAGAAUUUAAUCGUUGUAAGAGUGGAAAUGCCUCUGAAACUGUUUUUAGACUACUGUGGGAGACCAACACUCUGAAAGCCAUAUUCAUUUAUUUUGGUUGGUUAGCACGUCCUUAAUGCAGGUUUACAAACCAACACUGAUCACCUUUCAUUACUGGUUUAUUUUCUAUCUUUGUGUACUGAUCAUCAGUCUAACCCUGGGCCCAUCAUGUACCAAGGCGCCAUAAACAGCCAACGCAAUAGAUAAGAGACUACACUCUUUACGACCAUAGCUGUGAGACCAUCCGCAGGUAACCCACAAGUGAAAAAUGUGCACAAAAGAACAAAAAAAACCUUCCUGUUGUGAUUUUUAUUUUAUUUUUAAGAAAAGCAGCCAACCAUGAUGUGCCCAGUCGUGUCCCAUGUAGCUCGAGUAUAAAUUGACUAGAAACUUUGCAUGUUUUAGUCCUAUUGAAGGUGUGACAGUGUUCAUUCGACCUCUCCACCGCCUGCAGAACACCGCCUGCCCCCCCACUCCCACCUCCAGUGUUGUACACUCCUUUUUGAUUUUUGCACUUGUUCUGUAAGACCUAGAGAUUUGAUCAGAUUUUUUAUUCCACUGUUGUGCAAACAUACAACAGCUAGAGGCUCAAUCCCAUCGCUGAGGACCAUGUGAAGCAAAUAGUUGAGAAAAGUCUACUUUUGUUAGUCCAGUUAAGCUGAGAGCGGCCGAGUUGAAGACCAAAAUAGGGAAUUGAUAAAUGAAAAUAAUAAUAUGCUGGUAGUCUUAUACUGCAGGUUGCUCAGAACAACAUCAAUCUAAUCAAAUCAUGGCAGUUUGCUGAUAAGUUUAACAUCUUGCGCACCCAGAUUUCUACAGAUAAGUGUUCCUUGUAGCACUAUGGUCAAACUAAGGAAAAUACCAAUCAAAAGGUAGUUUUUUUAAUGGGCAUGAGAUCGUGGCGUUAGCAAUGAAGAGCAGCCAAGAACAUGAAAACCUAAAGUAAAAGUAGGCAAAGAAUGUCACAAGUGUGUUUUGGACUGCAGGACAUUUUAAAGUGUGACAAAAAGCGACCACUGUUCCUACAUGUCUACAGUUUGAGAGUCUCGUGGAGCAAAGUCUGGGGUCCUGUGAGAGCAGAUACUGAGUGCAGAUAGCAGCAUACAACGCUUUAUGUUGGACAGCUGGGUGUUCUAGUCAAAGGGAAUUCUGCUAACAUGCACACGUCAGCAUGUCCAACACGUUACGACGCUCCAUCAGCCACCAUGUUUACUGGUCUGGGACAAUGCUUAUUUUCUUCUUGUUUUAAAAAAAAAAACAGAAGAUAUGAAUGGUUAUUUAUCAGAUUUGUGCUCUUCUAAAGACACAUGCCUGUGGAGAUGUAUCCAUAGUAACUGCGUAAAAUACUAUAAACGUAAGUGUUUGUUGUAAAUGUCAUGAGUUGUACAUUUGGAGGAUUGUAACUCAGCAGAUAAUAAAAGAUGAUAGCUGGUGA